CUCCAUCCAACUCUCCUCUACUCUACAGCUACAUCUACACUUUCCAUUCUACUAAACCCAGGUAUUAUACUCUCACGAUGCGCCCCGCCCUCCGCCUCCUCGCCACCCCCGCCUCCAUGGGCUCGAAGUCCAGCCUCAGCGAGUCCCUGGCCCUGCUGCCCCCGCUCCAGCUCUACCGGCGCAUUCUCCGCGUGCACCGCAAGAAGCUGGAGCCCGAGAUGCGCCUGCUCGGCGAUGGCUACGUGAAGAGCGAGUUUCGUGCGCAUAAGAGUGUUGAUAAUCCGUUGCAUAUCAUCGGGUUCCUUACGGAGUGGCAGUUAUACGCGCAGAAGUUGGAGGGGGAUUCGUGGGCUGGGGAGAAAUUGGACAAGGCGAAGUUGGAUAAGAUGAGUGAUCAGCAGCUCGGUCAGCUGUAUGAGCUUAUGCAGGCGAUUCGGAAUCGGGAUGGAGAGGGGGAGGAAUAGUGGUGUUUGUUGGGAGGGUUUAGCAGCCAGUCUGGACAGGACUGGAGUAUGGCGGGAGAUUAAGAACUGCCUAUCUACCUGUCUGUCUGUCUGUCUGGUGUAAAUGUAAAUAGUUAUGAGUCUGUAUUAUAGAUUAUCUGCAUUGAGUGUACAGUACAAU